UCUCAGGCGUCGCUGGACUCCAAUCCUACCUUUCUGUCCCGAUCAAGCUGGGGUGCUGCCGAGCCCACGCCCUCCCGUGGUCAACAUCCCCGUAGCCCCUCCUUUGCUCCCUCUCCCCUCCGGGGCGUCUGGAGCUGCGCUCGGAGUUCCUGCUAGGACUGAGCCCUGGAGCAGCUGUGGGGGAAACGUUGCCUCCUGCACCGGCGUUGUGGAUCAGGGCGAGGGGGCACAGCCCGCCUGGUUCCCUGGAUGGAUUUUCACCUUGCUGUGCUCGGGAAAUAAAGCUGCCCGCCUGGCCUGCUGGUGUGGCAUCGCUUCCAGAUCCUAGUUGCCAUCAGAACCUUCGCACUAGCCACCAUGGACCAAAGGAACCCUGCAACACUGGCGUCCAUCUCAAAGGCCAUAACAAGGCCUUCUAUGCCACGGCCACUGAAGACGUUUUAUCGGGGUGAACCGAUGGCUCUAGGGAUCACGCAGUUACUCACCGGCGUCCUAGAAAUAGCUUUUGGGACUGUGCUCAGCUUGCUAAACAGUCAUCAUUUCGACGCGAUUGAUUGUCAGACUCCACAUUGGACUGGAAUCAUGUACAUCAUUUCUGGAUCUUUGUCCGUGGCGGCGGCCAAGAACCCCAAGAUACUACUGGUGAAAGGAGCAUUGGCAAUGAAUAUUAUCAGUGCUGUGGCAGCUGGCAUUGCAAUUGUGAUCUUCUCCUUUUCCAUGACGGAUCAAGGACCAACAGGAAAAGCCGCUUCUGGCUGCGGCUACGGCAGUAACGACACGGCGGUUAUUCAAGCUUGCCACGAAGCCACUACCAUCCCUUAUGCUAUAAUGUAUAAUACAGCAGCCGUUCUUUUCAUGCUCACCAUCGUAGAGUUUGUCAUUGCUAUCAUCUCCGCUGCCUUCGGGUGCGCCAGUGUGUGUCGGGAUUCCUACAGCGAAACGACAAUAGUGAUUUAUCAGAACACUGCUGAAACAAGCCCUCCUCUGCCAGAUGCUUAAAGUGCCUGAACUGACUCUACCCACCCAGACAAUGAUCUCUUGUUGUAUUUUCAAUUGGCUGGAUCGGAUUCACGCAAGUACUAUAUAUACUGAAAAGAUGAUGUUGGAUUCAAGAUGAUUCGCCGAAACAUUAUAUGCAACACACAAACUGUAAUGCUUGCAAUGUCUAUGCAUGUGAAAGAUGAACUCUUCUUUUUCUUGAUGGCGUAUCUGGAGAAAAAAACAACACACCCUAGUUUUCCUUUUGAAUAGAUACAAUACUUUGACAAAGACCAACAACAAAGCUUCAGUUUCCUGUCUGACCUCUGUUGUAAACAUCUGACCUUUGAUUUUAAAAUUAUUUUAUUAUUAGGGGAUUUUCCACAUAGGAUUUUUGCUGCAUCUCAGAGCCAGUUUGGUGUAGUGGUUAAGAGCACGGGACUCUAAUCUGGAGAAUCAGGUUUGAUUCCCCACUCCUCCACUUGAAGCCAGCUGGGUGAUCUUGGGCUAGUCACAGCUCUCUGGAGCUCUCUCAGCCCCACCCACCUUACAGGGUGUUUUGUUGUGGGGAUAAUAAUGUUUAUAAUAAUGUUUUGUUGUGGGGAUAAUAAUGACAUACUUUGUAAACCACUCUGAUUAACUUAUCCUGAAGGGCAGUAUAUAAAUAGAAUGUUAUUAUUAUUAAUGUUAUUAUUCUUAACUGCAUGGGUUUUUUCCCCUUCCUUGUAUUAUCAUUUGAUCUCCCUGUUUUUUAUUGAGUUUUCAGGAAAAAAAUAGGGAAAGUUCAAUGAAAAACCUGGAGAGGAAUAGUGAUACUCUGUGGAAGGGAGGGGGUCAACUGAGCCUCAAUAACUUAUUUCCUUCUUGGAGGAAGGUAUCAUUUCUCCAUCCACCCCUCACAAUCUGUGUUCACAGUUCUGUGUUCGUCACACUCCCUAUUCUUACUUUUUAUUGUAUUUUUAUUCUAUUCGCCUUUUAUUUCUUACUUUAUUAUUGCUGACUUUCCAAAGCUGAUUCUGUAUCAAGUUAAAUUAAUGAUGGUGGUGUAAGGGAAGGGGCAUUCCAUCCACUUAAGAACCUGCACUGCAGCAAAAACAUGGUGAAAAGCUAAUGUGUCAUACUGAGUGAUUCCAUACAUGUUGGAUAAUGCACUUUAUCAAUUAUUUAAGAUGGAUUUUUUUGUUCAGCGCACAAAAAAAUCUGUUCCAAAUGAUCUAUAAAGAGGAUUGGAAGUGCAUUAUCCAACGUGUGUGGAAUCACUCUAAGCCUUCAUUCUAGAAGUAGAGCCCUAGCAGCCACAGGAAAUCCUAUCACUUCUCAUUUUAAAGAUUCUUAAAAGUGUGCAGGAGGGGGUUCCAUGUUUUAACCCUUGUUCCCUAGCCACUUCUGUCUUUUCGUAUUUUGUUAUUGCUAUCUUUACUGGGGAAGGCAAUGGCAAACCACCCCGUAAAAAGUCUGCCAAGAAAACGUCAUGAUGCAAUGUCCCCCCAUGGGUCAGUAAUGACUCUGUGCUUGCACAUGGGACUACCUUUACCUUACCUUUAUAUACUUUUAAAAAACAUUUUGCCUUCAUUUUAAUUGCAUUUUUAAUGGUGAGGUUUCUUUUUAUAAUGGCGAGUGCUCUGUUUUUUUUACCACAUGUGUAUGUCUGAAACAGUCCAGGAAAAACAACCAAAUAAAUACUCUUUUCCCAUACAAACAUAGUUUGGGAUGCUUCUUUCUUUGUUUCAAGGAUCCUUCAUAUUGGAAUCAAGGCAAAUUGUAAAGCUAACACUUCUGAGUUUAGUGAUAAUGUAACUCCAUUCAUUCUUUUUCUCAAGAAAAUAUCAUGCCCUCCUCCAUAGACCCAGGCAUCAGGUUGUCAAUGGCUGAUUCCAUACAUGUUGGAUAAUGCACUUCCAAUCCUCUUUAUAGAUCAUUUGGAAUGGAUGUUUUCGUGUGCGGAACAAAAAAUCCACCUCAAACGAUUGAUAAAGUGCAUUGAAAGUGCAUUAUCCAAUGUGUGUGGAAUCAGCCAAUAUUUGGAAGGCACCAGUCCAGCAAGGAACAGGUUCCGAACGGGUCGAGCAUGGUCCACUCAUGCAGAAAACAGAUCUAAUGGGGACAAGGGGAGGAGCCCUGGUGACUGAAGACAACUGGGGGUGGAACAAAAGGGUCAAAGGGCAGAACCAGGAGUUGAAAUGGUCAAGCAAGCUGUUGUUUUUCACAUGAGAUAUGUGUGAACAUAUAAAACUGCUUUACACCGAGUUAGACCAUUGGUUGACCAAUGUAUUGUUAAUU